AUGAGUUCAAGAUUCAGCGAAGACAACAGGGCUGGGGCCGAAAUUUUUUCCUUGGUUCCAUCUGUUGUGGUGAAGCAUGACAGUCUUCGUAAUUUAGCAGAAAAGCUUCAAUUUUGGCAACAGGACUUCCCUACACCGUCUUCUCUUCUUUCAGAGUUAAAGGAAUGGCAAUACUUUUGGAGACAUUACACACCCACUUUACAGCUACCGGGAAAUCUUAUCGAGUGUGUAAAAUAUGCUGAUGAGGAUAUGUACCCCAACAUACGAGUUUUGCUUAUUAUUGGUUGUACCCUUCCUGUUAGUUCUGCCGAAGCUGAACGUUCAUUCUCUGGCUUGCGACGAAUCAAUCAUAUCUCAGAAACAGGAUGUCUGAUGAGCGGUUAUCAGGACUUGCACUCAUGCACUUACAUCAUGACCUUGACAUUGAUGUUGACGAAAUCUGUACAAUCUUUGUAA